GAGAGGUGGGAGAUUUACCUGAGACAGUAACAGCAGAAACCUGAGCAAAGGAAUUCAAGCUUAAGAAGACAGCAGUUCCCUCUACUAUGAUGCCUGCAGCCGAAGGCAUGUCCAAAGUGAUACCCUGCCAUGUUCUGAGAGUGGGUCAGUCCACCUGCCUCGACUCUUCACAGGGAAAUGUCCCUCAGCCACCUGGUGUCUCUAAGCCAGAGUUUCACCUUGUUGACCACGAUCUUGACAUGACCUUGGAAAAUCUUAAUCAACUCAUUCUUGACAUGGAUCCCACUUUCGAGCCAAUCCGAAGCCCCACUUGCACAAGCCCUCCAGCAGUCUCUCUUUCUUCGGAUGACUCAGAUGGCGCUUCCCAUUGCGUGCUGAUUCCCAGAGGAUGCCCCAGUAUCCCCAUCCCCACGCCCGGCAGCCUCAGAAGCAGCCCCAAUGGCGCGCUGGUGUUCUCCAGCUCUCCCACAUCCUCCCUGCCGCCUCUUCCAUUUGGAAGCGCUCCCAGGCGAAACCGCUCGCCGAAGAACGACCUGGCCUUCUCCCCGGGGUCACUGUGCCCGUCGGGCUCCAACAGAAACAGCGCCACCUCGCUGCUCUCUAUGUCCACAUGCUCAGAUACCAGCUACAUUUUGGGCAGCAACUUAUCUUUGACUGAGGACCCCGACUCUCCAGAGUCCAUCCCGACUUGCGCUCUAAUCCCCUUCAAUGAUGGCUCCAAAUGUCAGCCUCGCUCUCAAAGCAGAGCCUCGCUCUCAAAGCAGGGUCAUCUACUUGAACUACACAGCAGAGGAGCAAACAGCAGUCCCGCUUCGCUUGCCGGCUCCCAGACAGAUAUUCCUUUGCUCCUGAUCAACGGCGCGCCAGAGUCGGACCUGAGGCCUUCUGGGUCAGAAGCUGACCUGGUCCAGAAGGUCCCCGCCUCUCCGUCAAAACGGAGGUGUUUUCAAGCGAGUUUCAGCGGCAGCCAACCGUCUAUGAAAUUCGUCAUGAACACGUCGAAGUUCUGGUUUCGUCCGCACAUCAGCAGAGCGGAGGCUGAAGCCCUUUUGAAGGAUAAGGAAGCCGGGACGUUUGUGGUGAGAGACAGCACCUCCUACAGAGGAAGCUUUGGUUUGGCCAUGAAGGUGGACCAGUCACCCACCACCUUCACUGCUGCGGCCUAUCCAGGAGAAAGCGGCUCGGAUCUUAUCAGACACUUUCUGAUUGAAUCAUCGGCUAAAGGCGUUCGCAUCAGAGGUUCUUCUCAGGAACCAUACUUUGGUAGUCUCUCGGCUUUGGUUUACCAGCACACAAUCUCUCCUUACGCGCUACCCUGCAGAUUGCUACUAAAUUACCAGGAUAUGAACCCAACUGGAGAGAAAGUAAAUGAAAAAGCAUCAAUAGAGAACAAAAGAACAGCCUCCAAUUUUAUCUAUCUGCAUGCCGUUCCCACUGAGAUGCUGACAGGUCCCUGCGCCGUGCAAAAGGCGGUGUCCUUGACACUUGAGAAGACACCCGGUUCCUUCGCACCCACUAUUGUGAACAUGAAGGUGUCCCUCAAGGGUGUUACACUCACUGAUAUCAACAGGAAGCUUUUCUUCAGACGCCACUACCCGGCUCACCUGCUCAGCUACAGCGGUGAAGAUCCAGACAAUCGCCUGUGGUUGAGAGGCACGAGUUUUGGUGCAAGGAUGUUUGGUUUUGUGGCAAAAGGUGUUGAAGCUGGCAUGGAGAACGUUUGCCACGUCUUUGCAGAAUGUGACCCCUUGCAACCUUGCAGCAAAGCCAUUGAGUAUAUUCAGUCUUCCAUAACCAAGCAGUAGACAAUCAAACUCGGAUGGCCUCCCGUGACCCGUUUUACACUGUGCUGCCUUUGACUGACAUGCAAUGCUGGUCGAAAUGAAUGUCACGACUGCUGAUAAGUUGGUCAAGUUACCGUCUCUUCUGGGGCUGAAAGACCAGAUGAAGAACCGACUUAAAGCUGAACACUCCAGUAUCACAUCCUGAUCCUUAAAGUCCCACACAGAAAUGAAUGUAUUUUUAGCUCAGGACUAUAAAAAAACAGAUGGGAGUAACAAAUAAAAAAAGAUGACGUCUUGUGCUUAAAAUUUGUCCAGCUUGUAAAAAAUACUACAGAAAUGCAAUUACCUACCCCAGACAACAGCUUUAAUACUAUUUUUUUUAUGUCUUAAUGUUCCAGCAACAGGCAUCUUAAUUUAAUAUCAACUUGUUAGUCCUAUUUUGUGACGAACUGAGCUUUGCAAAAAAUAUUUAUACCCUUUAAACCUUACCACACUUUGUUAUAUUACGACAGUAAACUCCGGUAUAUCUUAUUGGGAUUUUAUUUAUAAGGCCAAACGCAAAGUAGUGAGUGGAUAAUUUUAAAUUGAAAAGUGUUUCACAAAUAAAUAUCUGAAACGUAAGGUUUGCAUUUGUAAGCAGCCACUUUAUAUCGAAUACCUCCAAAUAAAACCCGGUUCGACCAACGGCCCCCGGCUGUAUAUUAAAAGCUACAAAGCGUCUCAUGUAAUCUCUGUACAAAUGCAGACAUGCUGUUGAGGUUUCAGAGGUUUGUCAGCGAAUAUUAGUGAACAAACAGCAUCAUGGAGACCAAAGUGCACAGCAGGCCAGUCAUGGACGACACUGUGGGGAAAUUUAAAGCCUGUGUAGGUUAUAAAACGAUAUCUUGAGUAUUCAACAUCUCAGGGAGCAUUCAUCAGUCCAUCAUAUGAUUAUGGCACAACUGGAAACACGCCAAGACGUCCACCUAAGCUGGCCAGGACAACGCCUGAGGAGCAGCUGGUAAUUCUGGAGGAGCUGCAGAGCUCCACGGUUUGGGCAGGACAAUUUUGUUGAUAGGACUAUUAGUUGCACAUUUCACAAACCUGACAAUCAUUUUGAGGCGACCACAUGCACACACAGAGAACUCAGCAAGCGUGUGGAAGAAUGUGCUCUAGACAAAGCACAAAAUGUAACUUUCUGGUUGUGCAAGAGAAAUUGGUAAAACUAGAAACACGGUGCUGGCAGCAUCCAGCUGGAGGGAUGCUUUUGUUCAGCGGGAACAGGGGAGCUGGUCAGAACUGAUGGAAAUGUGACUACAAAGUCUUUCUGGGAUUCUUCUGACUAAGGGAGCUAAAUGUGAACAAACAUCAUACUAUCUAGGUCUUAUUUGUAAGAAUGUUGGAGAUUAUGUUAUAUUUCAUUCCACAUCCAUUCUGAUAAAAUAAGUUUGUGGCUGCAUUGCUACACAAUGUAACAGAGUAAAAAAAAAAGGCUUAUAAAUGUACAGAGUGUAAGAUUAUGAUGCUUACGUCCUGCUGAUUACUCAAACUGUUACAGAGAGACUUAGACUUGAAACUCUGAUGUAUCCAUUUUCUAAGUAAAAAUCUGUGCAGAUGCCCUCACUGUAUAAAUCUGUUUGAAUGUAUUUAUUGUCUGUAAAGAUAUGGAUUUGUAUUUUUUUUAACUGCAAUAAAAACAAAGAUGAUCAACA